UUAUAUGUUGUCCUAAUUUUUACCCCCGGUGUGGCGCCAUGCCGCCCCUGCCUGGAAGAACUACAAUGUCAGGUUUAAACAGCCAUCUGGCUGACAGUGUUCCUGAGAAGCCCAAAAGAUCGGCUUUGAAUCAACUGACCAGAACUCUCCUAAGGACGUAUGACUGCGGAGUCCGCCCUGUUCACAACUGGACCAGCACCACCACCGUCUACGUAGACCUCAUCCUACAGUCUGUUCUUGAUGUGGAUGGAAAAACCCAGAGUGUUACCACAAGUAUUUGGUAUCGACAGAUCUGGACAGAUGAGUUCCUGGUUUGGGACCCGGAAGAAUUUGACAACAUUAAUGAGAUUUCCUUGUCUUCCGAUGCCAUCUGGGUACCUGAUAUCAUCGUCAGUGAAUUCGUUGAUGAGGGGAAAUCCCCACCCAUCCCAUACGUCUACGUCAACUCCUCGGGCUGGGUGAAGAAUUACCGGCCCAUGCAGGUGGUCCUGGCCUGCAGCCUGGAGAUGUACGCCUUCCCCUUUGACAAGCAGAACUGCAGCCUCACCUUUCGCAGCUGGCUCCACUCAGUGAGGGAAAUUGACCUGGCUCUAUGGAGAAGCGCCGAAAACAUUGCUAGUGAUCAGAGGGAGUUUAUGAAUGAUGGCGAGUGGGAGCUGCUGUCCAUACCGUCACGUUACUGGCUCCUACAACAGGACGGCGCCAACUACGCUCAUGUCAGCUUCCAUGUCUUGAUCCGACGGCGCCCCCUGUUGUAUGUGGUGGGCCUGCUCAUCCCCAGCAUCUUCCUCAUGAUAGUAGACGUGAUGGGCUUCUACUUACCUCUGAGCAGCGGCACCCGGGUCGUCUUCAAGAUCAGCACGCUGCUGGGCUAUACCGUUUUCCGGGUCAACCUGACAGACGAGCUGCCCGCCACCGCUCUCACAACCCCGCUCAUAGGUGUGUUCUUCGCUGUAUGCAUGGCUCUGCUCAUGCUCAGUCUGAUCAAAUCCAUCCUGGUGGUGAAGCUGCUCCACCACAGUGAGAAGGAGGUCCGGGAAAUGUCUGUGUCCGCCUGUCUGCUGGACAAGUACGGCCUCACAGAGAGCACUUUGACGUCCACCAGAACCCUCGACCAACUCAAUCCAUCUGGAGGUAAUGUUAACACAAAAACACCAAGCUAAACCAUCGGGUUUGGGCACGAAUAUGGUGCUGGAACAAGUUGUAGUCUUGAAGUUGAGGACAAUCUUUAAGUGAAUUAAUUAACCUCUAGAUUUGACCUCUAGAUGGA